AUGACUAGUGAAGCUGUAAAUAAGAGCAACCAAGAUUCUAUUGGACCGGAGGGUGAAUUCUCAACUAGGCGCGCUAUUUUAACUGUUGGGUUGAUUUUUUUAACCUCUUUGACUGCAUUAAACGAGCGGCAGCAUCUUAAGCUCCCCUUAAACAUAGAAGAGGCUAAAAACUUAGGAGGACUCCUAGAAAGAUACAAAGAGCUCUACUACAUCGAAGUCCUAGCCGGAUUAUUUAUAACCUACAUCUUUCUCCAAACCUUCGCAAUUCCCGGCUCGAUAUUUCUGUCCAUCUUAUCCGGAUUUUUAUUCCCUUUUUCUCUGGCCCUAGUUUUAGUCUGCACGUGCAGCGCAAUUGGCGCGUCGCUCUGCUACAUAUUAUCCUCAUUAUUAGGAAGAAAAAUAUUGUUGCACUUCUGGCCAGCGAAAAUACAAGCAUGGUCCAAGACUGUCACCCAGCAUCAAGACAAUCUUCUGAGCUACAUGCUGUUCUUGCGAAUAACACCUCUGUUGCCUAAUUGGUUCAUUAAUUUAGCUAGUCCUGUUUUGGGUGUCCCUAUUGUUCCCUUUACUGUGGGGACAUUUUUAGGCGUCGCUCCGCCAUCCUUUGUCGCUAUUCAAGCUGGACAAACUCUUAAUAAAUUAACCUCGUCUACUGACGCUUGGUCGUGGACUAGUAUUAUUAUAUUAUUUAUUUUUGCGCUGCUAUCAUUAUUGCCUGUUUUAUUUAAAAAUAACUUACAAAAAAAAUAUAAUUAA